UUCGUGAAGCAACAUCAUUUUUUUCUGCAUUUUCUAUCAAAAAUCACCCGAAAACACUUAAAAUGUCAUUAAAAGUCAAUUCAACUCGCGUCAAGUACACCGAAAAUUACAUCGAAGUAGAUUACACGUACAACACGUCACUCGUGAAAACGAUCGAUGGAAAAUUAACGGUAGAGCCACGUGAUGUUCCGCUCAAAAUUUGCACAGAAACGAGCGUUCCGAAGACAGCUCUGAUGCUCGUUGGAUGGGGCGGCAACAAUGGAUCAACUUUGACAGCAUCUCUGAUCGCUAAUCGGAAUAAACUUGAAUGGCGAACACGAACCGGCAUGCAAAAAGCUAAUUGGUAUGGGUCAAUUACACAAGCUUCGACUGUUUUAAUUGGCAGUGAUGAGCAAGGAGAGGACAUUUUUGUGCCAAUGAAGGAUAUUUUGCCCAUGAUAAGCCCCGAUGACAUCAUCUUGGAUGGAUGGGACAUCAGCAAAAUGAGUUUGGGAGACGCCAUGAGACGAGCACAAGUCUUAGAUAUCGGGAUUCAAGACCAAGUUUACGAAAAAAUGUCAAAAAUGGUGCCACGUGCAUCGAUUUACGACGCGGAUUUCAUCGCCGCGAACCAAUCUGAUCGAGCGGAUAACAUCAUUGAGGGUACCCGAUAUGAGCAAUUCCUAAAAAUCCGUGCGGAUAUUCGAGAUUGUAAGGAAAAAACGGGCGCGGAGAAGGUAAUUGUCUUAUGGACCGCAAAUACGGAGAGAUUUAGCGAAAUUCGUGAAGGACUGAACACGAAUUACGACGAAUUGAUGGAAUCUUUGAAGAAAAACGAGAAAGAGAUCUCGCCAUCGACCAUUUUUGCCAUGGCUUCCAUCGCGGAAGGUUGUUUGUACAUCAAUGGCUCCCCGCAAAACACUUUUGUGCCCGGAGUAAUCGAGAUGGCGGAACGUCACGGGACUUUUAUCGCUGGAGAUGACUUCAAAUCGGGACAAACGAAGCUAAAAUCCGUUUUAGUUGAUUUUCUCGUGAGUGCCGGCAUUAAACCGACCUCCAUUGUCAGUUACAAUCAUUUGGGCAACAACGACGGAAAGAAUCUUUCAGCACCGCAAACCUUCCGGUCGAAGGAAAUUUCCAAAAGUAACGUCGUUGACGACAUGGUAGCUUCCAACAGCAUUUUAUACGAGAAAAAUGAGCAUCCCGAUCAUUGUGUGGUCAUCAAAUACGUUCCGUAUGUCGGCGAUAGUAAACGCGCGAUGGAUGAAUACACGAGUCAGAUCAUGAUGGGAGGUCAUAACACGCUUGUCAUUCACAACACGUGCGAAGAUUCUCUCUUAGCUUCGCCAUUAAUUCUGGAUUUGGUCAUUUUAGGCGAACUUUGCACCCGGAUUACCGUUAAAACGCAAGAAAUGACGGGAUAUAAGCCUUUCAAGUCGAUUCUCUCGCUGUUGUCGUACUUGUGCAAGGCGCCUCUCGUGCCAAAAGGCACUCCAGUGGUUAAUUCGUUGUUCCGACAACGUGCAGCAAUUGAAAAUAUCCUAAAAGCGUGUGUUGGUUUGCCUCCAAAUACCCAUAUGGCACUCGAACAUAGAUUUGAGGUUUCGAUGCAACAAACCGACAAAAAAAUGACGAAUGGAAAAGUUACUUUGAACGGAGAUGCGGUAAAAGUAAAGAAUGGAGUGCAUUAAAUAAUUAAAAAUAUGAAAAAUAAGAACCCAUGACUGAAAAAAAGUGUCAAAUAUUUACCUACCUUGCAAUUAGCGUCGAUGUGUGAAUUACGAUAAUCAUUUAAAAAGAGAAGAAUUUUGAUGUAUUUACAGAAGAAAUUAAUUUUCUAAUGGCAAUUAUUGUAAUGAUAUAUAUUAUAUGUGUACUGUAGAACUUAGAGACUUGAAAUGAAUAAAAAAAUAUAUUU